AUGGUGCCAUCUCUUUCAGGUCGACCCAGAUUCAAGUAUUCUCAGCGGAGGAGCCAGACCCCCUUCUUCGAACACUGCUUUGUGAAUCACGAAGGUGACGUUGAGCCCACUGUUUCAGUGCUCAAUGGGUUUGUGGCAUUCACUCGCUAUGGCGUAAAUCUUUGUGUUCGCAGAAGGCAAAACUUAGAGAGAAACCAAUGGGUCUCUGUUUUGAUUCUGUUGGAGAUUAAGCUUGUUGCAGAGAUGAAGAUUGCUUGGAUGUCAAUGGACAGAGCUCAUAAAGCUUCAACAGUUGUUUUUCACACUUUUGAUGCAUUGGAACGAGAUGUUUUGGGUGCUCUCUCAUCUAUGCUUCCGCUUGUUUAUGUCAUUGGCCCUCUCCAAUUACUUCUCAAUCAGAUACCGGAACACCCUUUGAAGCCUAUGGGAUACAGUUUAUGGAAAGAAGAAACCGAGUGUCCCCAAUGGCCAUUCUGGUCAGUGAUUUUGCCACCUGAGUUUGUGGCUGAAGCCAAGGAAAGAGGUAAGAUAGUAAGUUGGUGCCUGGAAGAGAAAGUCCUUGACCACCCAUCAGUUGGAGGAUUUUUAACACACAGCAGCUGGAACUCAACAGUUGAGAGUUUGUCUACUGGAGUGCCUAUACUCUGUUGGCCACUCUUUGGUGACCAGCAGACAAACUGUUACUUCACUUGCAACGAAAGAGGCAGUGGCAUGGAAAUCGAUAGUAAUGUCAAGAGAGAUGAGGUGGAGAAGCUUGUUACAGAAUUAAUGGAUGGGGAAAGGGGAAAGAAAGUGAAAAUUAAGGCCAUAGAGUGGAAGAAACUUGCAGAAGAAGCCACCGGUCCACAUGGUUCUUCAUCCAAAAACUUGGACAAUUUGGUGAAUCAAGUGCUCUUAAAUAACAGCUAG